GACACCAUAAUACCUCGUGCAUAUGGAAUGAUCAGCAAGUUAGGAAGUGCUCAAGCUCGAUGCAUCCCAUGGCCACGUGACAAUCUAAUGCAUCCAAGUGGUCAAGCUCUACACUCUAAGGUGUCGACUAUUGCGAGACAUAACUCAGCUAACCAAGGAAAUUCGGUGGCACUAACUGAGGUGUUCAAGCACAAUAGCAUUGAUAAUGCACUGCAAAGUGUUGUUGGACACAAGAGAAAGGUGCAUGAUAUAAUACAGGAGAAUAUAGGACGUGAAGAUACACAUUCUACGGCAAAGAAGAUUGGGAAGGCCAGACCCGAUUCUCCAUAUGCUAACUUCACCAAUAGCCAACUGUUAACAACUUCCCGGUUCUAGCUCAAGUUAAUUGCCCCUCACUCCC